AUGGAACAUAAUGUUUAUGAAAAAGUACAAGAAUAUUUGGCAUUACUAAGUAAAAUCGAGCUCCUUACGUGUACUGUUGUUCAUAAUUCGUUUAAGAAAGUCAGAGAUCAAGCACAACAAUUGAGUCGAGAGUACAACAUGCAAUGUGUAUACCUCUUCUAUCCCGUGUUGAAGCAACAUGUUCAAUACCAAUUCGAAGCUUGUGACGGAGACGGUAUAGAUCACAUUACAGCGGAUCACGGUGGAGUGGUGACUAUACUUAGCCAAGAAGCGAAAAGGUGGGCUACACGAAUAAUUAGGGAGACGAAUAACAUCAAAGAAAACACUAGAAAACUACAAGUCUUCCAAGCUCUCAAGGAUUCUGGACAAAAGAACGACCCGAAUGAUCCAAAUGGAGCUGAUUUGGAAACUAAAAUAGAAUCUUUGAAAAACAGCAUUCGGAGAUCUGAAAUAGCCAAAGCUAAAGCUGAAUCUCGUAUUGAGUGUUUGAGAAAUGGAGAUGGAAAUGUUAAUGUCGAAGAAUGGCUAGCUGACAUGGGCGAUAUAAAUGCCGAACUUCAACGAUCGAAUAGUACAUCUUCAUUACCAAUUGAUGGAGGUACAACUAGUGCAAUGACAUCUGACUAUGAUAGUGAGGAUUACGGAGACGGACCUUCAGACAGUCCAGUACCAUCCGAUCAGCCACAGUCGUCGUCUCAAGAUGAAGAAGAUCGACCAGAUUCGGCAGAAAUUGAUAAAGAUUGGGCACUUGUGGAAAAAGAACGGCAACGUAUUGAACAAUUAACAGCUGGUUGGGACGAUCCGACUCAGGUAAAUUGGGAAGAAAAUCGUGACACUGAGGAAAAAACUAUGUAUCCUCAAACUGCUCCAGAAGAACCCGAAGGCCCCGUAUACAAAUGUACUGCGUUGUACAGCUAUACUGGUCAACAUCCUGAUGAGUUGAGCAUCGUUGAAAAUGAGCAGCUUGAAGUGUUUAGCGUAGACAGUGAUAAUUACGGUUGGUCAAAAGCCAGAAAUUACAAAGGUGAAGUAGGGUAUGUACCAUCUAAUUAUCUGGAUAUCGAACAAGAAACGUGUGAUCCGGAAACACACGACACCCCUACCACAUACCAACUUAGAUCGCAGAUUAGCUUCUCAUCGGUGGACUAUAUGGUCAACGAUGAAGCGGCAAAUCAAUCACAGCACUGCCAGUCUGACGAAGACAUUGAAGCUGAGGAACAAUCAUCAGAAAAAAGCAUCACUACAGUGUGGGAAAAGAAAGACGGAGGCAUCAUAGAGGUACCGUCAUAUUGUAUAGCCCUAUUCGAUUAUGACGGAAAUGAUCCCGAAGAACUGGGUAUGAAAGAAGGCCAAAUUAUUAAAGUGGUCGACAAGACUACACACGUAGACGAUGGGUGGUGGGUAGGCGAGUUGGGUAGCAUGAUGGGACAUUUUCCGUCGUGCCUAGUAAAAGAAUGUUAUGAGAACGGUGACCUAGUACCCACACCAACAUCUGAAAAUGGAGACAGUGAUUUUUCGAACGAAGAUCAUCCUGAGUUUGUAACAAGUGGUCCACCACCUCCACCACCACCAGUAUUUACACCACCCGAAUUACCACCAACACAUUUGUUCGCGACUCAAGUGAUUGUCACCCAACCUACACCAAUCGGUGAUCAUGGACCCCCUGGAAGUUUUGCUCCGGAAGUGCCACCGAAAUCGAAUGAAUUUUCUAUGGUGAUUACUCAAAAUCAACAAGAACAGUAUGAAACUCAAUUUACGGAGGAACCUUCUGAUACAGUAUCGGUAAACGUGCCCGGUGUACCACAACUAUUUAUAGAAAAUGAGGACGACUGUUCAGGACCUCCCGACGCUCCCCCUCCACCGGCGCCUGCACCCGCGUCCGACGGGCUGGGCGUCGCUCAAAUCGUCAUCACUGCUGCCACGCCAAUGAUGGAAGAACCGGAAAAGCCGUUCGGCGAAGAAUCGGCUACGGUUGAGGCCGAAGCUGAACCGCCCAGCCCAGAGGUCGUAUCGGAUUCGAAAUCGGAAGAGGAGCACCGUAUGAGCGUGGAUAGUGAUUACUUCCCGGCCACAAUACCGGAAGAAUCUGAAGAUGAUCUGAAGUUGCUUGAGACCGAUCAUCAUGCCGACACGGGUUUGCCGUCGGAGCUCGAACCCGGACAGCUGGCCAAACUUCACAAUCUUAAAGAGUCAAACGCUUAG